AUGACAGGAGCGUCUCUACUGACACAAGGCCUCGAGUCCCUAUUGCAACACAAGUCACCGGCGGCAAUCCACGAGAAGCUAAGGGAGUUAUAUAGACUCGAUGACGCGCUUCAGGCGGCACAUCUUCAAGCCAAACGUGACCACGACCUCGGCGAGGACGUGGUCGCCAAGUACAAAGCCUUUCUGGCUUGUCGCGAGCGCCUGAUCAGUGAGUUAAAGGAGCAACAGAUUCCAAUGCCAUGGCAGCUUCGGACGACCAUUAACGAUCUAGAGCUGACGCUGAAGCAGCGGCAAAAAAACGUCUUGCUCUCGACCGAGAAUCAAGACCCCGCUCAAUCUCCCCAAUCGAUGCAAGUGGCCGUGGCGUUUAUUGGACCGACACUCAUUGCACUAGCUAUUGCUGCGUUGUGGUACCAUGUUAACACCUAA